AUGAUUGCCGCCACCAAGUCGUUCGCUCUGGCGCCCGUCGCCCUGAUUCUCGUCGUGGCCACGACGACCGCCUUGGCCGCGUCGGUCGGCCAACCGCUGACGGUGGCAGACGCGGACGUCGAACAAACCGAGACGGUGCGGUCGCCGAGAAACAUAACGCCGAAGACCAAAGUGGCAUGCGUCUUCGCGGACGUAUACAAAACCGGCUUAAAAACGUUGGUUUGCGGCGACUCGAGCCCGCCCACCGUGUUGGCGAAAUCCAGCAACGCGGCCGCGUCACCGCCGGCACCGGCACCGCCACUACAACGGUCGCCACAGCCGCCACAGCCGCAGGCCACCGAACAAACCAACAAGCCGGCCGCCCCACAGGGGAGAACCUUCUUGAACCUGGACUGCUUGAAAAAACCGGACCCCGUGAACGUGUACGUGCAGCCGCAACAACAGAUCGUGCCGCAACAACAUUACGCACAACCACAAUACGCGCAACCGCAAUACGUGCAUCCGCAGAUACACGUCGAGACACCACAAGUGCACUACGUACAGCCCCAGAUCCACGUCGAGACGCCGCAAUUGCACUAUGUACAGCCCCAGAUCCACGUUGAGCAGCCCCUGGUGCACUACGUGCAACAGUCCGCUCCUCAAGUGCAAUACCAACCGGUGGUCUGUCAGAGACCGCCGUGCCAGCCGGCCGAACAGUUUCCCACAAGUUACGGCGGUGGCGGUUAUUACGGCCGGUCGGUCGAAUACUUGGACUAUCUGCCCGCCCCGAUGAAGUCUGCCGAGACUAGCGAGCUGGUACAGCCCGCCGAGGACGUUCUGCAGCAGACGGCGUACGCCCCUGCGGCCUUGUACCGUGACCCGGAAAUCCAGUACGGCAGUGGUCCCGCAAUGGCGGCCGUGGCGUACAACGACGACAUGUUGGCGGCCAGCCGCAAGGGAUUCGGCGGCUCCAGGAUGACGCAGUUCCCGAUGAUGAGGCCCACCCCACUGUUCAGGCCGGUGUUCAGGACUACUGACGACGAACUGCAGUACUUCGACGCGCCCGUCCCAGCGCCCACCGUGCCCAUCACGAUGAUGAGAAUGAGCGACGAUCAACUGUACGCCCCUCAACAGUACGGGCAGUACAGUUAUAUCAUCCAACCAGUUCCCAGGCAACAGAAACUAUUCGACGGUAUGACGCGGACCGCUGAGGUGCAGGGACAGCAACAGGGACAGCAACAACAGACGGCACCCGACUACUCCGUGCCGGAAUCUGCUGCUUCCGACCAGGUGGCCGCCGCCGGACAAGACGUGUUCAAGAACGCGCAACAAGGAUCUACGGAAAAUCAGCAGCCCGCCGUAGACGCUCAGUCCAAUGACUCCGCGGACCCGCAAACGGACGUCAAGUCGCCGUCAGCCGACCAGAAGAAAGCCAACGGCAACAAGACGCUAAGAAACUAAACCGCGACCGAUUAUUAUUUUUGUUUUUGCGAGUAACUACGCGUAAAGUUGAAUUUAUGAUGUUUAUUUUUUUUUUACAGAUAUUUAAAUAUUGUCUUUAAUACGACACGAUCAAUGUAUUAUAACCAGUCGCCGAAUACGGUCGACCAAUGUCAAUAAAAUAUUGAAAAAUAAUUGUCAGUCAGCUAUUCGUUUUGUUCGUAUUUUUUUUUUUUUUUAAUUACUUAUUUCUAUCAAUCAUACUUGUACAUAUCUGGGUCUGGGACUCAAUCGUUUUUAAACCGAAUCGUGCCUGACUAAUAUUAUAAAUGUUGGACUUGAUACCGAAAAGAC